UUCAAAAAUAAAAAAUUUCACCUUCCCUUAAAAUUAAAAUAAUUAAAAAUUUAAAUUAAAGUAAAUAACAAAAUAAUUGAAAACAAAACAAUCUCUAAUUAUUUUUCCGAAUCCCUCCCGUUUGUAAAAACUAUGGCCUUUCACGUAGCUUGUCCAAUUACAUGCCGUCGAAUUUGUUUCUGUACGCUAGGGUUUCCUCGCGAUCUCCACACCGCAAAAUCUAAGGCGGAGUUUUUGUUGCAAGUUUCGAGGAUUGAAGAGUUUGCUCGGGAUCCUGUGAGAAUUAGGGAUUUGAAAGACUCGUCGGCGACUGUUCAGGUUCUUGUUCCUAAGGUUUUGCCGGUUCCGGCGCCUCCUCCGCCGCAGCAGCCGUGUUUGCCUGUUGCGAGUGCUGUUGUUGUUCCUGUUGCUUGUGGUGAUGGAGAUUGUGGCGGCGGUGGUGGAGGAGCUGAGGAAGCGUCGGCUCAUACUAAGCGUGUGGCGUUGCAGAAAAAAGCUGCGGCUGCUAUGGUGGCGGCGGAGGAUUAUGCUAGACGGUUUGAGUCUGGUGAUAAUGCUGUGGUUGUCUCUAAAGAUGUUAUUGGAGAUGAGCAAGGUUUUUCUGGUGCAAAUGUAAUGUGCCGAAUGUGCUUUUUGGGGGAAACAGAAGGAAGUGACAGGGCAAGGAGGAUGCUUUCAUGCAAAAGUUGUGGCAAGAAGUAUCACAGGAGCUGUUUGAAAUCUUGGUCCCAAAAUAGAGAUUUAUUUCAUUGGAGUUCAUGGGCAUGUCCCUCUUGCCGAACAUGUGAGAUUUGCCGAAGAACUGGAGAUCCAAAUAAGUUUAUGUUCUGUAAACGGUGUGACGGUGCAUAUCAUUGCUAUUGCCAGCAUCCUCCACACAAGAAUGUGAGUUCUGGACCUUACUUAUGCACCAAACAUACAAGGUGUCACAGCUGUGGAUCCUCUGUUCCAGGAAACGGCCUUAGCGUAAGGUGGUUUCUGGGAUACACUUGUUGUGAUGCUUGUGGAAGAUUGUUUGUUAAAGGAAAUUACUGCCCUGUUUGUUUGAAGGUUUAUAGAGAUUCAGAAUCAACACCAAUGGUUUGCUGUGAUAUUUGCCAGCGGUGGGUGCACUGCAGUUGCGACGGCAUCAGUGAUGAAAAAUAUUUACAGUUUCAAGUGGAUGGGAAUCUUCAAUACAAAUGUGCAACAUGUCGUGGGGAGUGCCACCAGGUAAAAGAUCAUGAAGAUGCUAUUCAAGAGCUCUGGAGGAGACGUGAUGAAGCUGAUAGAGGAUUAAUUGCAAGUUUGAGGGCUGCUGCGGGGUUGCCAACUCAGGAAGACAUAUUUUCUAUCUCACCCUUUUCGGAUGAUGAAGAAAUUGGUCCUACAAUGGUCAAAAAUGAAUUUGGACGUUCUAUAAAGCUCUCUCUGAAGGGGAUAGUUGAGAAGUCUCCAAAGAAGAUCAAAGAGUAUGGGAAAAAAUCUUCACAUAAGAAAUCUGCUAAGAGAAAAGGUUUAAGUAAGACAGAAUUACAUCAGCAUGAGUUUCGAUCUUUGGGACACAGUUUCGAAGAAUAUAGUAAUGAUGACUUAGAAUCUCAUAAAAAGAGAAGACAUGGUGUUUAUUCUUCACCUGUUGCAGGAAUUGUCAACCAUGCUGAAGGAAUUUCCUCUAUUAAUCAUCAUGCCGGAGUUUUGAAACAUAAGCUUGUUGAUGAGGUGAUGGUGAGUGAUGGAGACAGGAAAUCUAGGAUUGUUAGGCUUAAGAAUAAUAAACCUCAUGAUUUUGAUAGUGGAGAUGACACUGAUAAUAAUGCUGGCAAGUUCAAAUCUGUGAAGGCAAAAAAGUUGGUCAUCAAUCUAGGUUCUCGAAAAAUAAAUGUUACUCAUUCUCCUAGAUCUGAUGCUUCCAGCUGCCAAAGAGAUCAAGAUUUGACAACUUCUAAUGGUAGUGAAGAUACAGGCCGACAUGUAAGAAGUGACAGGAUUGUGGGGGAUAGACGUGAUAUAUCUGCUAGAUUUGCUGAUGGAGAGACAGUUGAGCACUCUGGCCAAGUAAGAAGCGUAAAGUUUACACGGAGGGAAGGAAAUUUCAUAAAGUUAGGAAAAUUGAAAACUGAUAGUUCCAACUUAAAUCCCAAAGUUGAGAGAGGGAAUGAUGCUGAUGGUGAAACAAACAUUUCAGAUCAUGCACGUGUUUCAUCAGGUAAAAGAAGCAUUGAUGGAAGCCGGGCAGCAGUUGGGAUUGUAAAUGAAGUCCCAACACUUAGAAGUGAUAAGGUAUCUUUUGGGAAGCAACAGGAAUUCAGACUGGAGACGCAUACUGAAAGCAAUGAUGAUUCUGGUGAUACACCUACUUUGCAACCAUUGCCAAAAGAUUCGAAAUUGUCGCUGAAGUUAAAGAUAAAAAAACCUGAGCUUAUAAACCAAUAUUCUCGAAAGCCUCAACCUGAGGAAGAAAAGAGCUCCAUCAGGGGUCAAAGGUCGAAAAGAAAGCGAUCGUCAAACUUCCCGGAGAAAUCCCUUUUCAAUAAAGAUGAAGACGCUUCACUAUCGCAUCAAGACAGUGAAAUGAUGGAGGCUAGUUGGAUACUGAAAAAGUUGGGUAAAGAUGCAAUUGGAAAGAGGGUUGAAGUUCACCAGCCAUCCGACAAUUCAUGGCAUAAGGGAGCGGUCUCUGAGACCACUGAAGGCACAUCGAUGAUAUCUGUUACACUGGAUGACAGUAGAGUAAAAACUUUGGAACUCGGAAGGCAAGCAGUUCGCUUUCUUCCUCAAAAGCAAAAGAGGUCAAAGAUUUGAUGGUUGCUGAUCAUCACAUCAGGAGACUUCUUCCGUAUUAGAGGUGAAGCAGCAGUCUCCAUUCCCGAGGACGGAUGACCUGUGGUGGUUUGUGAUCUUGCUGUUCUUACAACAAAUCGUUAUUAAUCGGGGCUGGUUGUUAAUUCACUGGUAGAAAUGAUCCUGGACAAUCCAGGAAUUAUUUCAAAAUCCGCGCUCUCCAUUUUUUCCCUAUUGUCUACAUGUAUUUGGAUUCAUAUUUUGGUUUAGAUAUGCAGCUGUAGUUCUUUUUGUUGAUGAGUGCACAUAUUUAAUGGUACUUGCCUUGUUAAUUGUAGCUAGGAACGUAGUCCUCGAAAUUCAUUUAGUGGAGGAUUUGCUUGAUUUCUAAUUUUAAUUAAUUAUUUUGAGUAA